AUGGUGGACGCUGUAGGAGCUGUCACUGGCAUUGCGAGCGUGAUCUUGGUCCAAGUGCGUGCCCUGGCGGAGUAUCCGGAGUUGGCAGAGGAGUCCCGACUUCUGGCACAGGCUGCGAUUGACAUCGUCCAUGGCCUCCCUGCUUCGCAGACACUGGCCUCUUCCCUCCGAGGGCUGGAGAAAAAGUUGCAGGACCUUCGCGACCGUCUCGGCUACCUCGCGGAUGGGGAGACAAAAAAGAAACCGAAGCGCAGCUUCAACCCUUUCAUGGCCUUGUUUGCAUCGCCGAGCAAGUAUUACGGUUCCAUGUCUGAAAACGUUGCGUACAUCAGGCGCCUGAACACGGAGAUCCGGUCCCAAAUCGAGCUGAUUUCCCAGGCUGCACAGCUCGAAGACAAAAAGAAUGCGCCCGCCAUGGCCAUCGAAAACCCGGACGGGCGCCAGUGGUGGGGCCGGUACUUCUAUCAACCAAAAAGAUGUUGACCAAUCCCCAACAUCCAACUUGCCAUGCAAAACAUGCACCAAACGCAGGGUUUGUCAUGGAAAAUAAAAUGGAUCAUGGGGAAGAUGGUUUUUUUUCUGACGUGGAUCACUUUCCCCGCGACAACAUGGUGCGCUACGUGCUGUUUGAGGGCGCGGUGGAGCAGACCUUCCACAAGGAGCCUAGUGUGCUGGGGCGAAAGCCGCAGGGUACGGCGAUGACCAUGCAGGUCGCCGGCGGCGGGCACAUGAACCUAAGUGGCGGCACCAUCCCGGCACAAAAUGUGAACACCCGGCUUUCGCUCGAGUGGCAGCACAGCAGCUUUGGGCGGGAGUUCCUAGAGGGCGAACCGAUGCUGCCGCGGCUGCGCCGCGUGAUGGUUGCGGAUCCGGAAAACAACACUAGCGUUUUCAAGCUCGAUGCGCUUUUCCGCGCUACCGGCUUCGAGAACCUGAAGGCACUGGUCGCCCACUUUGCGCAACCAGAGGACGACAAUGUUAGCGUUGCUUCCUCUAGCGAGAUGAAGCCGAGCGCUGGAGAUCGGGUCUUUUUCAUUCACGUUCGUGACAAAGAGGCGCCCUUCGACCGCAUUGCGGAGUACAAGUCCAACAGCGGAUUUGUUAUGUGCGGGGAGGCGACCACGCUGGUGCAGUUGCGCCGCCGCAUCCGCGAGUGUCACGGGGCGGAGUUUGACGUGGACGACAAGGAUUCGGUGGUUUCCGCGAAUUUCGAUGACGACGAGGAGGAGGAGGAGGAGUUUAUCGAGUUUUUGCGCGAAGGGGCGUUCGCGUUCGGCCUGAAGACCGUCGUGGACGGCAAGUCGGAGUUUCUAACCGUCCCGCGAAAUAGCCACAGUAAAUUUUCCGUACACGUACAGAUGCGGUCUCUGCAUGACAAAACUUGGCUUCGAUCCUAACUUAGCAUGACAAUUUUUACGAACCAAACUGGUAAAAUUUGUGAUGCAUGUUGUACAUGUACGGGAAAUUUGUAUUGCAUACGAAAGCAAGAAAAAACGUUCCUGUUGAAGGAAAAAUCUAGCGACGACAUCUGCGUUUUCCAGGCUCCAAAAAUGAAAAAGAGUUCCUCCACGGCCUCGCUACCCGGUCAGGUGCAGGAGGAGCUGGGCGCAGCGGACGCUGAGCGGCUCCUGAAAGUCGCCGGCGAUUGCAUCGUCACGGACCCGAAAAAGGUAGAGAAAAUCGAACUGGGUAACAAAGUGGACUUGAUGGAAAAACGGGCGGAGCGGGACUGGGCGCGGUCGCUCACGGUCGACAAGGUGGUGGCUGAUGCAAAUCUGGCGCGCGAAUUGCGGGGCCUGCUCCUAUAUCCUGUGCAAAAGCAUCGUACUCGUACUAAUCGCAGUCAUGCAAAAGAAAUUUCAUUUUCUAGCUAAAUCAGCAUGACAAAAUCUUUUUGUCAUGCUGAGGUAAUUUGUGUUGCAAUACUACGAGUACGAUACUUUUGCAGUUCAUAUCCUACAGCAAAAUGCCGCCGAAGCCUGUGAGGAAGCGGAUGUCCAGUUUCUGCAGGCGUUGAAGAGGCUCGAAAGCCAGCUCGUGGAAAAGUAUCUUACGCCCCUGUUCGAAGAGCUUGGACAGGAGAAGGCGAAACUCCGGAAGGAAUAUCUGAAGGCAGCUGGUGGUGCUGCUCCCGAGGCUCGAGGUAGUGAAGAUGAUGCCAAAAACAUCAUGGACGCCGCGCGCCUGGAAAACGUGAAGCACAAUGUGUACGAGAGAUUCAUCCUUCCCGAGCUUGCGGAAUUUCAGGCCGAAAAGCGGCAAGCUGAGAAGCGGCUCCAGAAGGCGCUGGACAUUUUGAAAAUGACGCACCGCGUUUCCCCCCUGCGGUCGUUGAAUCUGCUCGCGAGCAAGUCGAAACAGAAGCACGAGGACGAAAGUAGCCACGCCCGCUUGGUGCGCCUGCGCCGGGCCCCGAUCCAGAUUGUUAUAGUCGGUGGAGGUCUGGGAGGCGCUGUUCUGUUCCUAUCCAGUUCAAAAGUAUCGCACUCGUCGUGGGAAUUGAAACGAUUGCUGCAACGAUUUAUUAGAGGCUCGACAUGUCGCGGACUUUUGCGCGGCUCAGUUCGCCGCCAACAUCGCACAAACUUCAGAGCGAGCAUCUCCAAGAUCGUCAGAUCAUCGAGAAGUUCGUAUAGAAGUGUGUCUUCGGGGCCGGGAAGUUGGUUGACAGGUGCGUGGAAAAGCCUGCUGGGCAGAAGUUUUACUAGGAUCAGCGUAGCCGAGGCGGGCAGUAGUGGUGUUUGCGAAAGAACGAAGUGGCGCGGUUUUUAAAUUGUAAGUGGUAUCAUCGUUAAUAGUUUGCAUAUCGUGCAACAUCAAAAUAUAGCGACCUUCUUGCGCUUUUUGAUAUGAAGCAGUCAGCUUUUGCUGUCUUCACGCAGCACCUUUUGCUACGUUCACGCAAAGACGCGCAUCUUUUCCUUUUUUGAGUUCAUUUCAACCAAGACGCAGCCACUUUUACCAACAGCUGCUUCCCACAAACUUCGGCAGCAACUCCUGGACCAAGAAACUUCCCGCCCAUUUGUUUCUACCCCCGCGCCCAAGUGGUGCAAACUAUUUGUAUGUAGUAAACAAAGCUGUAUAAUGCUCAUUUAAUCUGGAAGCUUUUUUGACACCUUCCGCGCAAAGCAACCGCAACUUUUGUGGCAGUCGAGAGUGUUUUCGCACAUGGAUAAAAUGAAGCUUGUAGCAGGUGGCCGGUGGUUUGCAAUCAAAUAAGGUGGGGCUUGAAAAAAACGACACAGCGGAGCUGGAACAACAUGGGGAGUAAUGUUACGCGCGAGCGUAUGGUGUACACGAAAAAGAGCAGCACUUCACUUUAGUGCAGCAGCCGCAAUAUUAGGCAAGAGUAAGUUCUUAGCCGGCACCUCACUACCCCCGCCGAGGCGGCUAUCAAUUUUAAUUGUUACCUAGCAUGAGAAGUGCGAUACUUUUGCGCAGGAUCGCGGCGACUGUGGAGCAACUUGACAGACGAGCGCGUAGCGGUGACGCUGAUCGAUCUGAAGGACUACGCAGAGAACACCAUGGCCGUGCUGCGCAUGGUUUGCGAGCCGGAAAAGCAGAUGGGAAACACGCUCUGCAGGCACAGCGAUUACAUGGGUCAGCAGGGGCAGGUGGUCGUGGGCAGAGCAACCAAGAUAGAGGCGGACCACGUGGUGAUCAAUGACGGAGAGCGAGUGGUGCCCUUCGAUUACUGCGUGAUCGCGACCGGAAGUGUGUACAAGAGCUACAUCAAGACGGAUAACGCCAGUCUGGACUACCGCAAGAAACAGAUGCUCUACCUGCACGGAGAAGUGGCAAAGUGCGAGCAACUACUUGUGAUCGGUGGUGGUGUUGUUGGAUCCGAGCUCUGCGGAGAACUGAUCACAGCAUUUCCGAACAAGAGGGUCGUGCUGGUGCAUUCUGGCUCCAAGCUGGUAAGCCGCGCACACCCCGCCACUGGUGACCACGCGAAGAACACGCUGGAGAAGCUGGGCGCCAAAAUCAUUUUCAACGAGCGCGUCACGCACUUCGACCCCGUGAAAAAGUGCUACGUGUGCCAGUCGGGUCUAUCCGUGCCUUUUGAUCCCAGCAAAGACCGCGAGUUCUGGUACCGAUGUAAGUAGAAGUUAGAAGUUGCUGAUGAGUAAUGAAGAGCUAUGUUCGCGCGUUAUUCUUUGUCUUCAAUCUGCAGUGGAGGCAGUGGCACUGUACGUAGAUGCGGUUCGUGCAAGCAAAUUUAAUCCGAAAGUUUGCAUGGUCGCACGAAUCUGCGGUGCUUUUUCUCACGUGGUCCUCCCGUCUGGAAAUGUAAACUAAUACGUAAAUCAAUACAAGAACUGCCUAGAGAGGAAAGUAGUGCGUGCAUGUAUAGUACGCGAUUGCGGAUGCGACGUCGAGCUAGAGGUAGACGCUCAAGAACAUGAGUUUUUUUCUUGUUCUGCAUACAUCAAUUCUUGAACACGCAGGUGCACUGGGUACUCCUUAGAAUUGAACAAAUCCAUCCUCGGAGAAUCCCUGAAAAAAGUCGACCCCGGAAUCUACAACCCCGCAGACCACAGCAUCAACUGCCUCUCAACCAACCAGUUGUCGGCCAAGUUUCCGCAUAUGUGGGUCAUGGGUGAUUGUACCGGGCGCGAGCGCCACUUGAACGGAGAGCGGAUGGCGUUCGGAGCCUGGAUUCACGCACAGAUGAUCCACAUGAAUAUGAAACUCAUCCUCGCAAAGCACUUGAAAAAAAUAGAAGAGGCAGCGAAGGGAAGCGAAACAUUGGAUCCUGUCAAGGUAUAGAAAUUGUUUGUCACAACUCAUGCGCAAAUUGCUACUGCUUCAUGUUUAUUAUUCUUCGCCAACUCUGAAUGACUGGAACUGGAGGAAAAGGAAUGGUGAAAAGUCAAAGAAUACGACCCUAAGAAGAAUGACUGGAACUGGAGGAUGCUACCUAAAAGUUCAAAAAAUAAGUAUAUACUUUUGUAUGAAUUACUUAGACUCGUGGUCACGCAUGGGCGUGAGCACACAGCUGGGAAGAUAGCAGUAGCGUGAGUUGUAGCUCUUGCGAAAGGGUUGAUAAAAAACAUUCCUGCUCAAGAAGUAGUUGAGUUGCUUGAUAUCGACAAUAUUAGCAGGCCAAAGCAUGCCUCUUUAGUUGCAAACUGAACACAGGUGCGCGCGCCAGGAAGUGAGAUUUAUCCGAAACACAUGUGGGAGUUCAAGCCUUUCGCCGAAUCGGGCAAGGAUAGUAUGUAUGACAGUGCAUAAAAACUCGAACUGCCCAUUCCCCGGAUUUGUCAUGCAAAACCCUGUCUCUGCGUUUCUUGGGUCUGUAGUACCGUUUGCGCGACAAGUCUUGGAAGCCGAGGGAAACAACACUACACUCCAUGAGUAGUUUAUUUGUCUUGCAAAGGCAGCUGUGGCCGCAUCGAGAUGAAUAUGUUAACACUUUUGUUCCUUUUGCUGGUCCCGGUGUCACGUUUUCUCUAGGUGAUUUCCUCUUUGGUGUUUUGCUUCAAAUUAGGGAAAUGGAGACGAGUGGUCUACUUUCAUAGUACCGACGGAAAGCACAUUCAGAUUUUGAGUCUCGGGCCGACGUAUAUGGAUUGCAAAAAUGUCUGGGUCUGGAAGAUUGCAGCUUGUCAUGCUAAAUCCGAAUCAUGCAAAAAUCUGUGUUGCAUGAGAGCCAAAAGCUGCCCACUUUCGACCAAGUUGGGAGGGAGUUUCUCAUGCAGGAUAGGCAUGAAAGAGACCUCACAGACUCUGCCAUGCUAGGUCCCGCAUUCCAGACCUCAAGGCUCAUGGAGAACCUGCAUGACAAGUUUACACUCUUCCAGACCCAGACAUUUUUGCAUUUGAUAACGUACGAGGUAGUGCAAAUCUCGGAGCCAAACAUGCGUGCGCAGAUGAUGCAGACGGACGUGGGCAAGGAGACUGGAGUCGAGCUGCAUAGCGACAACGUCUUGAAGAACAUGUUCGAUAUCGAGCACUUCAUUCCAGCAGCACUACUCGCUAAGGUGGAUGCCGUAUUGGAGUCAUCCAUACCCUUCUACACGACGGAGUCUGAAGAAUUAAAAGCGGUCCGCGGCUACUGACUCUAAAGAAGGCACGUAGAAGGUGGAGCGGCUUUACUUAUUUUCCCGGGUCUGUGGGCGGUGGAGAUGGUGCUGUCGCAGCGGAAAGGAGAACAAGAAGCGUUUGCUUAUUUUCUUUGGUCCUCUUUUCCAUGCAUGCUGCAGUUGUAGUAAAAUAAGUCAAAUAUUAGAAAUAGACUUAUGUGCAGCUGCGCCAAUUAUUACUUCGGUGCACGUCUUCGUCUUCAUCGAGGAGCAGGAGGUUGACUCGACUGCACACGUCUACUGAAGUAGGAGCUCUUACCAGUCCCUCUGUGCGAACGAAUUAAGUGAACAUAUAAUCGGGCGUAGUUGAUGUGCUGGUGAUCGAUUUUAUCCGGAUUGGACUGCAUUUGCAACAGAUCCGAACUUGAUUGUUGCCGUACUUUUUAUGGACUCAAUUCAUUUUUUUCGCAGAAGCAGGUCGGGUCAUGCAGCUCAUUCACGAGCACGUCAUGAUGGAAUGGUUUGGAUUUGUUUACUCUUCACUAACGAGCUGAUGUUGUCAUCAGUGAGAGUGUCCGAUCGAAAUAAUGGCCGCGAUUGGCAUCGGGAUCUUCUUUUCAUUAUUGAUCUUGAUGCCCAGUAUGGUACUACUACUGCAUUUUUAACGUUUUCGCAUGUCUAAAGACGAGCAAAGUAAAUCGGAAUACCUCGACGGAUGAAGAGGUAUAGAAUAUUUCAACAUUCAGUUCGUUAUAUUCGAAGAAAAGAAAAAUAAUACCAGAACAAGAGCAAUAGAAUCGCACCGACGCGCCCCGUCCAUCCAUCUUCGUGAGUGUCCCGUGUUGCGAAUGAAUCCGUGUCCGUUUUCUGCUCAUCUCGGUAAACGUAAAAAGAAAAAGCGCUGCCAG